AGCUUACCCACGACUUCCAGUGAAAUGCAGCCCAGAAAAGAAGACAUCUAAACAGAAAGUUUACCCUGAUUCUGUUUACCUACACCAACCCCUUGUAUCUGGUUGGAUUCUUCAUCAUCAUGAAUCCUGCCCAACUUCACAUUUUAAUACAUCGAGACCAUAUGAAAGACCUCCGAAGGUACCUGGUGUUCAAAUACAUCCAAUAUCUAGUCUUACCUUCUCCAAAUGCCAUCAUGACCCUACUGGGAUUGCUCGCUAGUCUGUAUGUCAUGCUGAUAUUGACAUUUCCUUCUGUAUCCAGAAAAUCCACUGUGGUGUUUAUUAGUAACAUAGCUCAGGCAGACAUAUUAGUUGGCUGCAACAUUUUUUCUACCAUCACAGCAGGAGUGACAAAUAGUGACACAUCUUUAGCUUCUUUUCAAUCUGCCUUGAGGCAGAACUUCCAAAUUGCAAAUGUUCAUGCCAGUUCCCUUUUACUCAGCUGUGUUAGCCUAGAGGCUUUUCUGAUUACUUUUCUUCCAGUAGAGACUCGCCACAUAAGGAAUGUUAGAUGUGCCAGAGUAGCUUCUAAGAUCAUCUGGGCUGCUGUAAUUAUUGAGUGUUUCCUUUAUCAGCUUGAGUGCAUCAAAGGCUUUAACGUUUCUUAUCUUGGCAUUCAUAGGCAAGCUCAGCUAUUGGUGAAUUUCUGUUAUGACACCACAGCAUUGCUGAAAUUACUUGUUUACCCGACUGGAGUUCUUUUAAGAAUCUUCAAUGUUUAUCUUUUUUAUAAAAUUUAUUUCAGGGACUUCUAUAUUUAGUUUGUUAGGAAUGUGAGAUCUGGUGCCCAGUUGUUUUGUUAAACACUCAUGUUAAUGGUGCUGUGAAGACAUUUUAUAGAUACAAUUAACUUGUAAUUUGCUACUAUUAAGAAAAAGAGACUAACAUCAGUAGUGAAACUGGACCUCAUCUAAUCAGCUGAAGGCCUUGAGAGAAAAACACAAGUUUUCCAUCAAAAAAAAAAAUAUUGCCUGAAGACUGGUAACUUGAGGUUCGAAGCUGUUGUCUGCACUGCACAUUCCAGACUCAAGACUACAUCACCUGUGUUUCCGGCGUUCCAGCUUCGUGGCUCACUGCCACAAAGUUUGAACUUUCUAGCUCUGAAAAAUCAUCUAAGAUGGUUAACUGAAAAGAAAGAGAAGCCACAACCUGCUCAGUCUGUGUAAUAACACUUGUAUGUAUGUCUUCAGAACUGAUCACUUGGGACUGAAUAACCAAUUGAUGCUUUUCCCUGGGGAAGACAUUUUUCUCUUGCUCUCUGGUUUACUUAGUUGCCUGUAGUUAUUUGCCUAAAGUUGAGGCCUUGUGAGCUUUCCCUCUCCAUGUUAGCCUGUCUGUUGGCAUUGUCUUUGUUCAGGUCCUGUUUAGGCAGCCAUGUUGGUGAGACUUCAUGGAUGUAGCUUCUGACAUUACUAGGAAAGACAGCC